AUGGUGUCUGACGAAGCUGCACUGGCGGUCCUGUGGAAUCGAUGUAGGUUUAUUGGCAUUAUAAACAAGCCCGCAGAUGGAAAUAAAGUGAAGUCGUGGCUACGUUGGCAUGUAGAUUUCUUUGUGAUUUCCGUUGUAACCUUCGUUGGAUUUUUGUUUAAAGGUCGAACCUGUUCUUCAGAUGAUAAUAUAUAUUGUUAUAUACCUUUAAAACUUGGGAUUACAAUUAUAGUUCUAAUGAUAGAAAUCAACGUUGUGAGAAAGUUCAACAAAGAGUUCAAUAUUUUUGCUAAUCGCCAUAAUCAAAAAUGCAUACUUUAA